UGAACUACCCUCGCUUCCGAAAGAACAAAAGACGGGUUCGAGACGACUCUCGUGAGAUCGAUGCUCUCGAAAGUCCUCCUAGUCGAUCGAAAAAACAGCUGUAAGCAGUCGCAAACAUGGCUGCCGUCGUCUUGCAAGGGAGCCUUUGCAUAUCGAGGCAGCAGUUCGGAGCCACUGCUGCUGCAGUCUCUGCCAUCCAACAUGUCUCCUACAGUUCUGAUGUCCGACCCAUCAAGAAACCGGCCCUUUCCCAAAUGCGCAAAGGAGCUGGUGGGCGCUCAAGUUUUAAUGGUGUAGUUGCAACCGUCUUUGGCAACACCGGUUUCAUGGGUAGCUAUGUUUGCAAUGAGCUUGGGAAGCAUGGCUCACAGUUGAUUCUUCCCUACCGUGGUGAUAACUAUGAUGUUUUCCCCUUGAAAUUAGUGGGUGAUUUAGGACAGGUGUUGUUUCAACCAUUUGAUUUGAGAGAUGAAGAGUCUAUCCGCAAAUCUGUUAAAUAUUCUAAUGUUGUCAUUAACUUGAUUGGACGAGACUGGGAGACAAAGAACUUCUCAUUUGAUGAUGUUAAUGUUAAAGGAGCUCGCCGACUGGCGAGAAUCAGUCGUGAAAUGGGUGUGGAAAAAUUUAUUCAUGUCUCUGCUCUGAAUGCUACUCCUAAACCUGCGGCUAAAAUGGUUCUGGGUGGAUCAGGAGUUUUGAAAUCCAAAUACUAUGGGGAAAUAGCAGUUAGGGAGGAAUUCCCAGAAGCAGUGAUUUUGCGCCCAUCCAUUGUGUAUGGUCUUGAAGACCGUUGGUUGAUGCGACAUGUCCAUUUCUUGCGAAGAGGCCAGGAUCAUUUCCCUCUGUACAAGAAAGGUUUGGGUAUCACUAAAAUGCCAGUUUCUGUGAAUGAUAUUGCCACUGCAAUCUAUGAAAUCAUCAAGAAUCCAGACUGUGAGGGCAAGACAUAUCAAGCAGUUGGACCGCAUCGUUAUUAUCUUUAUGAUCUAAUGUUGUGGAUCAUGAAUGAGAUGCGGAUGGGUGAAGAUGAAGGCUUUAAGAUUUCUGAUUUACGCUUCACCCCUUUCCAAAUUGCUAAGGUUUUGGCUUUUGAAAUGAUGCCUGGUAAACCCAUUGGCAAUAUGAGCAGGGAAAUGCUGGAGCUGGAAGCAACAACUGAUGAGGUUGAUUAUGGUACACCAACCUUGCUUGACUUAGGAAUGGUUCCCUCUCCGCUGGAAGAAAACAUCACCUGGCUUCUGAGGCACCACAAAUACAGAUCAUACAUUCAGUCUGUGGUUGGCGAUCUUGAAAAGGUUGUACCCCCAAAGCCUGUGAUUUAAUGAGCAUUUUGUGGUAGGUCAACAAUAGAUGCCGAGCUUGUAAAUUUGUUAAACAUUUGUGUAAAUUAAGCCUGCCAGUCUUUUGAAAAUGUGUACAUACAUAAAAUAAACAUUAAAGUUGGGAAGUGAAUAUAGAA